AUGGGUGUCAAAUUUCUCCUUCGUCCGAACCAAGAGCGCGGGCACGCCGACCUCGACUGGCUGAAAUCAUUCCACUCAUUCUCUGUUGCGGGUUACUUUGCCCCUGCGCAUAUGAAUUUUGGGGCCCUGCGGGUCAUGAACGAGGACCGUGUGGCUCCGCGGACCGGCUUCGGUCCUCACUCACAUCGCGAAUUCGAAAUUUUCUCGUAUAUCGUCUCUGGGCAACUCGAACAUAAAGACUCGAUGGGCAACAUUGAAAUCCUCCGGCGCGGAGACAUACAGCUCACCUCGGCCGGCACCGGUAUAGCGCAUUCCGAAAACGCGCAUGGCCAUAAAGAGGUCCAUUUCCUGCAGAUUUGGUCCCAGCCUUCUGUUGCCCGCCUCACACCCAAAUAUUUUACACGCCAUUUCUCUGACACCGAUAAGCAGGAUCGAUGGGCGCGGGUAGUGGCACCUGUAGGCGCGGACGACGUGACCGAAGAACGAAAUACCCCGGGACCUGCUCCAGUCCACAGCCCUUUAACUCUCUAUGCAACGUUGCUUUCCAGUGCCAAGCAUGUAACGCAGACGAUGUCGGGGAGGAAAGGGUAUAUUCAGGUCGUCCAAACCAGUGGGUACAACCCCGGGAGGGCCAUUGGAGGCUACAUCCGCGUUCAAGUCGCCGGCGAUGCUGACGCGGAGAUUGAGCUGAAGGAAGGUGAUGGGGCUUAUAUCCACUUUGAAAAUGAUGGAGAGGCUGAGCUGACGGUCCACAACAUCGGCCACCAGACUGCUGAGGUACUACUCUUCGAUCUCGAAUAG